GCGUGCGCGGCCGCUCUUCUAUUCCCAAUAUACCUCUCUCGUUCUGGAUCGAAAUAAUAUCGUUCAAGCAUCACUCCUCAACUCUAUCUCUCUCUCUCUCUCUCUGCCGGCCGUACUUGUGUUGGCUUGACAAUCGUAAUACAGAUACCUAGGUAUCAGUUUAUUUUCCUUCUACCAACAAUAUGGAGCCGCCGGCAGCUGAAGGAGGCGGUGGUGAUGGUGGUGGCGCUGUUGGACCAAGGCAGCCGCCGCAACCACAACAGGGCAUGGGGCAGAUGCUGACUGGUAUAAUUAGGGUAGCAGUGUUCUGGUACUUCGCCUCCAAAUUCUUCGGACCUAAGCGAUCACCUACUGAAUCCUCUCACCAGAUCUCAAAUCUGUUUCAAAAAGGGGAACCGUUGGAUAUGUGGUUAUACCUUUCCGAGCACGAGAACUUUAGUGAAUUUGGCGAUGAACGAGCCCUUGUUUGGCAGGAGACAAAUAUACCUUACGCAGUUUGGACUGCAGAGAGUAGCAGAACCCUAACUUUGAAGUACCAUCCUUCUGAGGCUUUAAAGAACAAUGGAAGUCUUUAUGCUCACACAUUCUUUGCUAGGUCUGGCUAUCUGCCAGAUCCCAAGGAUCCUGAGUACAAGCCAUUGGCUACUUUUGGGCGGACUCACCCUGUUGUGAUAUAUUUGCCCAAAGCAAAGGCUGAUAAGAAGAAGAGUCUGCUGGACUCAACAGACCCCAGCAGUGAUGUAACGGUUUCUGAGAUAGCCGAAGAUGCCCAAGUUGAUGAGAAAGAGCAUGGACCGGUUGAAUGGAUUUCAUAUUGGAAGCCGAAUAUUACAAUAAAUCUGGUUGAUGAUUUCACAAGAUAUUCUCAAAAUGCAAUACCCCCAAAUGUUGCUCCUUAUAUAAACAUUGAGCCCGUUACGGGAAAUUACUACCCGACCAUCUACUUCAAUGAGUUUUGGUUACUUCGGGAUAAAUUAAUACCAGUAAAUGAGACUGUGAAUGAAUUGACACUGAAUCUGGAGGUUGGACCCAUUAGCAUGACAAAAUGGCAACUAUUCCUACAGAUUGACCAGUCAUUCCAGAUUCAUAGGAGUUACGGAAGUAUGAUCGAAGGUGAAGCUGAUGGACUUAAGAGAGUUUUCCUGGAAGGAAAUCCUAUCCUUUUGGCGAUUACCAUGGUCGUUUCAGUAUUUCACUCGCUAUUUGACAUGUUGGCUUUUAAGAAUGAUAUUCAGUUUUGGAAUAAAAACAAGUCUAUGGAAGGAUUAUCCGCGAAAUCUGUUGUGGUGAAUUUCAUUUGCCAGUUUAUUAUCUUUCUCUAUCUGCUUGACAAUGAAACUUCAUGGAUGAUACUUUCGAGUUCUGGUAUUGGUUGCUGCAUUGAGUUCUGGAAAAUAGGGAAAGCCAUGCACAUUGAGAUUGACAGAUCUGGUAGGAUACCAAUGUUGAGGUUCCGUGACCGUGAUUCAUAUUCUGGAAACAAAACAAAGGAAUAUGAUGAUCUUGCAAUGAAGUACUUGUCAUAUGUUCUCCUCUUUCUUGCCGUCUGUUUCGCUGUUUACUCUCUGAAGUAUGAACGCCACAAGAGCUGGUACUCUUGGAUCCUCUCAUCCCUUACAAGCUGCGUCUACAUGUUUGGUUUUAUUAUGAUGUGCCCUCAGCUAUUCAUCAAUUAUAAGCUAAAGUCGGUUGCCCAUUUACCUUGGAGGCAGAUGACAUACAAAUUUCUGAACACAAUUAUUGACGACCUCUUUGCAUUUGUUAUUAAGAUGCCGACGCUACAUCGACUUUCUGUCUUCCGUGAUGAUCUGAUAUUUUUGAUAUAUAUUUAUCAACGAUGGAUCUAUCCGGUGGACAAGAAACGAGUAAAUGAAUUUGGUUUCGGUGGAGAGGUUGAUGAUAAACCAACAAUUGCUGGUGCAGAUGCAUCGGAACAAAAAGAAGAAGAUAAGAAAACUAACUGAGCUAAUCGAUAGCUUAUAACUACAAACAGUUUAGUUAUUGGAUUGAAGUUUGUUUUUCUUUGUCAUAAUUAUCUUAUAAGAUAAAUUCAGUUUUGUUUUUGACCUAUCAAUGUAUAUUAUUAUUGAGCAGACUUACAUUACAGGUAGGUGAAACAAAGAGGUGCAUAGGUAAGUGAGCAGAGAGUAAUCUAGUAUAAUCAGAAUUCAUUCAUGCUGUUCUCUUGUUUGGCUACGUUGUUUUUUCUGAACCUUGAUAAAACAAUUCUUGAUCUGAUAAUUUCGUUUUGAUUUUUA